AUGGGAUUUGGUCACUGGGACGAGCAGCAAAAGAUUGUUGUUGUUGAUAAGCCAUUGUUGCAGGGCGGGAUCGUUGCCGUUUACUACCUUCCCGGAACGCUCGUGGGAUGCCUAAUUGGAGGCUGGUUCGGUGAUAGAUAUGGCCGCCUCAAGACUAUUGCCGUAGCAUGCAUCUGGUCUAUCUGCACCGCGGCUCUUCAAACCGCUGCCCAAAAUGCGGAUUGGAUGUUUUGUGCACGAGUCUUGAAUGGCAUCGGCACCGGCAUGUUGAACGCCAUCACUCCAGUCUGGGCAACAGAAGUAGCUUCUCAUACAUCCAGAGGCAAGUUUGUUGCCAUAGAAUUCACUCUCAACAUCUUUGGUGUUGUUGUUGCAUAUUGGCUACAAUUCGGCACGUCCAAGUAUGAGGACCCCAAUUCAUCCUUCAUCUGGAGAUUCCCCAUCGCCUUUCAGAUCAUCCCUCUCAUCGCUCUGUUCAUCAUGAUUUGGUUCAUGCCAGAGUCUCCACGGUGGCUCGUGAAAGUAGGUCGAGAAGAGGAGGCUAGAUUCAUCUUGGGCAGACUCCGCGGAAACGAAGGUGAAGAUGCAAAGGCUGCAGAAGCAGAGCUGCAGGAGAUCAUCAGCAUUAGAAACCUGGAACACGAUACCGCCAAACAGCAGAGUUACUUUGCCAUGUUUUUCGGGAUAGGCUCAGGCAAACUGCACACCGGUCGCCGUGUUCAACUUGUCAUCUGGCUUCAAAUUCUGCAAGAGUGGGUGGGAAUUGCGGGAAUCACGAUCUACGGUCCCACGAUCUUCACGAUUGCCGGCAUCAGCUCUGAGCAGCGUCUUUGGGUCAGUGGUGUGAACAACAUCACCUACAUGUUUGCAACCUUGAUUUGCGUAUUUACUAUAGACCGUAUCGGACGACGCUGGACCCUGUACUGGGGCGCUGUAGCCCAAGGCAUCUGCAUGUUUUGUGCCGGAGGCUUGGCAAGAGCAACUCUUAACGCUAAUCCUGGCAACCGUUCUGGACUGGGUGGUGCCGCAACCUUCUUCGUAUUCUUGUACACCGCGGUCUUCGGUGCAACUUGGUUGACGGUCCCCUGGCUAUAUCCCGCAGAGAUCUUCCCUCUCCAAGUGCGUGCCAAGGGCAAUGCAUGGGGUGUUGUUGGAUGGUCGAUAGGAAACGGAUGGACGGUGCUUCUUCUCCCUACAAUCUUUGAGAAGCUCAACGAAAAGACACUGUAUCUUUUCGGUGCGGUCAACUUCGUAUCUCUCGUUGUUGUCUGGGCACUUUAUCCCGAAUCAAAUCAACGCACUUUGGAAGAAAUGGAUCUCGUCUUUGCCAGCGACAGUAUCUGGGCAUGGGAGGCUGAAAAAGAGUUUGCUAAGCUCAAGGCCGAGAAUCCUUCCCUUGUUCACUCAGCACACAUGGGUCAUGGCGUUGUCAACGCUGAGACGGGUGUGACUCCAAGUAAGGUAGACAAUACUCAUAAAGAGUAG